GCUGAAAGGGAACACUGCUUCUCUUGGGUACUUGGAUUCAUUCUGGACAUCUCCUCAGGAUGUAACUUCAGGCAUUUUGGGUGUUUUGUUGAAGACCACUAUCACAAAGGUGCAUUCUCAAAUAGAAGAGUUUGAAUGGGAUCAAAAAUGAAUCUCAUCGAACACUCCCACUUACCUGCCAUGGAUGAAUUUUCUCUUUCUGACAAUUUAUUUGGUGUCCUAACAGAACAAGUGGCAGGUCCUCUGGGGCAGAAUCUAGAAGUGGAACCAUACUUACAAUACAACAAUGUUCAGUUUCCCCAAGUUCAACCACAGAUUUCCUCAUCAUCCUAUUAUUCCAACUUGGGCUUCUACCCCCAGCAGCCUGAAGAGUGGUACUCUCCUGGAAUAUAUGAACUCAGGCGAAUGCCAGCUGAGUCUCUCUACCAGGGAGAGACUGAGGUAGCAGAGAUUCCUGUAACAAAGAAGGCCCGGCUGGGUGCGUCAGCAGGGAGAAUAAAAGGGGAUGAGCUGUGUGUUGUUUGUGGAGACAGAGCAUCUGGAUAUCAUUAUAAUGCACUGACCUGUGAGGGGUGCAAAGGUUUCUUCAGGAGAAGCAUUACCAAAAAUGCCGUGUACAAGUGUAAAAACGGGGGCAACUGUGUGAUGGACAUGUACAUGCGAAGAAAGUGCCAAGAGUGUCGGCUAAGGAAAUGCAAAGAGAUGGGAAUGUUGGCUGAAUGUAUGUAUACAGGUUUGUUAACCGAAAUUCAGUGUAAAUCUAAACGACUGAGAAAAAACGUGAAGCAGCAUGCAGAUCAAGCCAUUAAUGAAGACAGUGAAGGACGGGACUUGCGACAAGUGACCUCGACAACUAAGUCAUGCAGGGAGAAAACUGAACUCACCCCAGAUCAACAGAACCUUCUAAAUUAUAUCAUGGACUCAUAUAGCAAACAGAGAAUGCCUCAGGAAAUCACAAAUAAAAUUUUAAAGGAAGAAUUCAAUGCAGAAGAAAAUUUUCUCAUUUUAACUGAAAUGGCUACCAGUCACGUACAGAUUCUCGUAGAAUUCACAAAAAAACUGCCAGGAUUUCAGACAUUGGACCAUGAAGAUCAGAUUGCUUUGCUGAAAGGGUCUGCAGUUGAAGCUAUGUUCCUCCGUUCAGCUGAGAUUUUCAAUAAGAAACUUCCAGUGGGACACGCUGAUGUAUUGGAAGAAAGAAUUCGAAAGAGUGGUAUCUCUGAUGAAUAUAUAACACCUAUGUUUAGUUUUUAUAAAAGUGUUGCAGAACUGAAAAUGACUCAAGAAGAGUAUGCUCUGCUUACAGCAAUUGUCAUCCUCUCUCCAGACAGACAAUAUAUAAAGGAUAGAGAAGCAGUAGAGAAGCUUCAGGAACCACUGCUUGAUGUGCUACAAAAGUUGUGCAAGAUCCAUCAGCCUGAAAAUCCUCAACAUUUUGCAUGUCUUCUGGGUCGCCUGACUGAGUUGCGGACGUUCAACCAUCACCAUGCAGAGAUGCUGAUGUCAUGGAGAGUCAAUGACCACAAGUUUACCCCGCUUCUCUGUGAAAUCUGGGAUGUGCAGUGAUGAGCAUCAUAGGGGCAGGGUCUAACUUUUUAUUUUCCACAUAAUAUAAAUCUGAUGUAUAACUUUCCUUUAUUUCAUUUGUACUUGGUUUCAUAUAAGAAUUUUGAUGAAUAUUUAUGUAGUAAUUAUAUAACUGCCACAGCUCUAAAUAUGGGGCUAGAUAGAAUUACUUUGUCUCCAUUAUAUUUUACAAGGCUUCAGGGAAUCUGUCAUUCUAAUUGGCAUGCCCUGUUUGCCUAAUUAAAUUUAUCAUUAUUUCAACUCUCUCUGUUGAAAUAGGGGAAAUCUCAUUUUGCUCUUUGUUUUACUCUAUUGCAUAUAUUUUAUUAAAGAGUUGUGUUCAACUUUGGCAAUAAACUGAACAUAAUGGCAACAGG